AUGGUGCUCAAUGUCGGGCUGAUGUGGUCUGCGACGCCGGCAAGAAGCGUCGUGGCAGGCAAGACAGCGUCCGCAAUACCUUCUUUCUUCAGGACGCCAUUGACGAGGAGAUGCUUCUCGACAGCUUCGCAGCCGAGUAGGUUCCGCAGUGUACCACAAGCGACUGCAUCUCACCAGCCAUCAUCAGUAUGGACAACAACUGCUGCGCUGACAGCUACACCCUUGCGGUCGUUGGCCAAUAAGCCUUGGUCUCUAUCUCAAGCACGCUGCUUCUCUUCAUCAUCCCUAGCGAACGACCAACCUUCAUCGACCCCGACACCCAAGCCUUCCCCUGCAUCGACCCCAGCACCACCAUCAAAACCUGCCCUCUCCGAAGACAUCCUGACGAUCCCCAACCUGCUCACCAUCUCGCGCCUCCUCGCCACCCCGUACAUCGGCUACCUCGUCGCGACGCACCAGUUCGUCCCCGCGUGCACCCUCCUCUUCGUCGCCUCGCUCACCGACCUCCUCGACGGCUGGCUCGCGCGUCGAACCAACCGCUACACCGUCUUCGGCUCCAUCGCCGACCCCGCUGCCGACAAAGCUCUCGUCACCACCAUGGUCAUCUCCCUCGCCGUCUCCGGCAUGCUCCCACUCUCCAUCGCCGCCAUCAUCAUCGGCAGAGACGUCGCCCUCGUCAUCUCGGCCUUCAUCAUCAGGUAUCGCACUUUGGAACCUCCAAAGACGUUCACGAGGUACUUCAAUCCGAGGUUGCCGAGCGCCAGUGUCACGCCGACACAGAUCAGCAAGUACAACACGUUUCUGCAGCUCCUGCUGCUGGGCUGCUUGACGCUGUACCCGAUCUUGUUCCCCGACCAGCGUUCGCCCGGGUUGAUGUUGACGGAAGCGAAGGAGGAAGCCAGCAGUCCGUACGGGGAUGCGAUCGCAAGAGCAAAGAUCUGGAUCGAUCCUUGCAUCACAGCGUUGAUGUGGAUCACAGCUGCCACCACCAUCUGGUCCGGCGUCGGGUACCUGGGCGGCGCAGGUUCCGCAAAGGUACUAGCAGCCAGAGCUCAGACCGCCUCCCAAAAGGUCAAGAGCUCGCUCAACAAGCCUCCUCCACCUUCGUCAUAA